CGGACGUAGCUAACAUCAGGGAGCCAUACUCUUUCCUCAUGGUAUAUCUUCCCACUUUUCUGCAUUUCGGAGUAGUGUCACGCAGAAUAAGUCACUCUAGGAAUUAAAUAGCAGAAUGAGUCCAUAAACGUCGCCGUCAAGUUCUCAGGUGUCGGCGCGCGUAUCAUUUUAUAUUAUUUUAUUUUAUUAUAUUAUUAUAUUAUUUGUUCUUACCAACGUAAACCCAAUUUGUAAAUAGCUCAAAAAAAUGAAACCUAUCAUAUCAUUUAGGAUUCUUCUUCUAGUAGUUGUCAUCUACUUCCCACACUGCCUUAUAAUGGCUCCUGCGAAGGAAGUGAACAAAUCCAAUAUACACAAAGAAACACGCCACAGAGAGAAAAGGAAAACAGUAAUAGAAAUGGCACAAGAUGUCACUGUUAUCCCCAAAAUUAAAUGCGAAUCUGUGGGAGGAGCCUGUCGUUAUAGGUGGUGUUACAAAGGAGAAAUAAAUGACCCAAAACCUUCUAUCUGUGGAAACUUACAAGACGUUUGCUGUAUAGAAAAUCCCCGUCAGUUGAAGUGCAAUCUCCAAUGCGGGGGACAAUGUCGAUCGAAAUGUGAAAAAGGAGAAGUACUUGCAAGUGGUGAUUGCAAAUGUUACGGUUUACAGAAUAAAUGUUGCACAAAGGACACAUCAAUUGUUAGCUGCACAGCCUCCUGCGAUGGUAAAUGUAGAAAGACCUGCGGUCAACACGAAAUUGUGGCAUCGCAAGGUUGUACAUGCGAAACUGGGGUCUGCUGCAUAGAGAAUCCGUUAUUAUUACACUGCAGUGAGCAAUGUGGCGGCAUGUGCAGAAAAAAUUGUAAAGCUGGUGAGAUCAGGUCACCCGGGGACUGCAAAUGCCAAGGGAAUACGCGCUGCUGCAUUCCUGAUCCAGAAAAUGUCCAUGUCCAUUGCGUUGACGACGAAGAAGGAAUCUGUCGAAAUGGUCAAUGUGAAGAAGAAGAGGAACAGGCACCUGAUAUAAUGAUCUGCGACAGAGCUGCGGAUGUAUGUUGUAUCGACGACGAGCAUGAAAUAACUUGUGAGAAUUCUUGUAAUGGCGUGUGCCGUUCUACUUGUCGAGCACUUGAAAUGCAAGCCCCGGGAGAAUGCAAGUGUACAAAGGAAGGCAAGAAGUGUUGCAUAGAAAAUCCUAGUAUUUUGGAGUGCAAUCAAGCGUGCGGAGGAAGAUGUAGAACCGAAUGUGAAGAAGGUGAAAUGCAAUCUUCUGCCGAUUGUAAAUGUAGCAAGGGAAAAUGUUGUAUAGCUGAUCCCAGUUAUCUUCAAUGCAACCAGGCCUGUGGCGGAAGAUGCCGAAAUAAAUGCCGAGAGUUAGAAGCUGAAGCAUCGGGACACUGUAACUGUUUGGGGAAUAAAACAUGCUGCAUAACCAACCAACAUGUGUUGAAUUGUAAAACAUGUGGGGGUGAGUGCAAAGCGGAAUGUGGCCAGGGAAAGAUAGAAGCUGCUGGUUCAUGCAAGUGCCUCACAGAUUACAGCCAGAAAUGUUGCAUAGAUGAUCCGACAGAAAUUAAAUGCGAGAAGCACGGUAAAGGACAAUGCAGACCACUCUGUGGUAAGGGCUUCCAAAGAGCGCCAGUAGACUGGAAGUGCCAAGAUGAAGGCACCAUGUGUUGUAUUGACAAUCAACAAGAACUUUCCAAGAGCUUAAGGCGUCAAGUUGAUCUAGAAAUCGACGAGGAGUUAAGAGAUGACGAAGCGUUUCUUCCCCCGACGACUGGUCCUCCAUCCACACCAGGAUAUUUAUUGGACGAAGUCGAAUAAAAAAUCUAAAGGGAUUUACAAGAUUGCGCAUGAAGAGCACGUGUAUAUCUGUAUAUAUCUGUGACACGUGUAUAUAUUAUAAACAUAUAUAUAUAGUAUAUAUAUAUAUAUAUAUAUAAACACAUACAUACUAUAUGUAUAUAUACUAUAUUCAAUAAUGUAAAUAUAUAAUGAUAAUAACUAACAAUCUUAUUAUCUUUAUGCUAAUACGAUUAUGUAGAGUAAAUAUAUAAGGGUCGAUAAAGAAAUUAAGCAAGGUACAGUGAUUACUCAAAAGAUCGAACUAAAGUUGUGUAAUUACAUAGUUGCCCACCGUUAUCAACUUUAUUGACCUUUUUCUGUGUAUAUCAUUUACAAUGGUUAGAGUGAGUUUUCUGAAUACUACCAGAUACGGCAAAUUAGUCAAUAAGCGGAGAUGGAGGUUAGAUACCGUUGUUUAUGUUAAACUCUGCCAUAUAUAUGUAGACAGAGGGGGUAAAGAAUAUUUUUGGCGAACCACUGCAUUUAUGUAUUACAUCAAUGCAUCAAUGAUAUAUGACUUCAACACUGUAGUCUAUAUUUCAGGAAAUGGUCAGCUUUUCCAGCUAAUACACUUAUUAUACUAUGUACUUCUUUAAUAUACAAGUAUUUAAGAAAGAUUGACAAUUGACGUGUAUUGUGUUACAUAAAUGUGAAUUGCAUCAUGUUAAAAGUUUCCACCCUAUAUCAACAAACGAAAGUUUCAUAGGUCUGUAUUCUAUUCCGACUUAGUUAAAAGGUUAGACUAUGGCAUGGUAUGGUAUUGAUGAUAAUUAGGCUAUUACCUGUGUCAUAUACUUUGCUAGGGAUGUAUGGUGACAUCAAAGUCAAUAUAACUCUAGAAAGUAGAAUCAACAUUCAAUUCUAUUUAACCUACUGUAAGAAUAACUUGUGGUGAUUUGGUAACCAUCAGUAAAGGGAGACCAGUUCGUAUGAAGUACCGAGAAAACAUGUCCAUUCCCUGUGGCUCAUAUCCUGUAGUAUAACUGUUGGCUACAUAUCUUUGGCCAGUCUAUUGAAAUAUUUAAUGAUAUGGGAGCUAUUCCUGAUUCUCGUAUCCUACAAUCUUACAUUCUAUUUUUCUGAAAAUAACAAAUAUUAAAAAAAAUAUGUAUUAAUAACUUUCUUUCUCUUUAAAACUAUCUCAAUUUGUAUUAACUUCGUUGUAAUUUCUGUACAUAUAUAUUUCCACCACAUUGACCCCUUUGGUUAGAAACACUAUAUCAUAUAUUCUUGAAUUAACUUUUGGGAUAAGAACACCAUGUACUUUUGGAUCAACCCUUGGGGCUAGAGACAUCAUGUAACAUAUUCUUAUCAUAUGAUAUAUUUUUGGAUUAACCCUUUGUGAUCGUGACAUCAUGUAUUCUUUGACUAGCCCUGGAGCAGACAUUAUACAACAUAUUUUCACUUAACGCCCGGGACUAUAGAAACCGUAUUAUAUAUUCUUGGUUAAAACCGCAGGGGCUAGAAACAUUACAUCAUACUUUAUUUUGGAAUUAAGCAUUGGGGAUGGAGACAUCAUAUCAUAUAUUCUCUGUUUAGCCCUGGGGCUAUAGACAUGGUAUCAUAACAUUCUAGGAUUAACACCGGGAACAGAGACAUUAUUUAUAUCCUAUAUUCUGGGUUGACCCCGGGAUAGACACUUCAUAUACUAUAUUCUUGGAUGUAUAGGUGUCGUUAAGCUACUCUGGGCAGCAUAUAAUGAAUGAACAGGCGUAAAUCGUAGUUAAAAAUUACCGCCGAAAUCUCAAUCGAGAAAAGAAAGAGAGACAUCUACGAGAUCUACCGCCAUCGCGUCUGAACACUGAGAGUAUUGGCAUUAAAAGAAUGGAACACUGUUUGAGAAAAAAAAAAUCAAAUCUCGUGGCUCCUUUUCUUGCAACAAGGUCUCGGCGGCCAUUUUUUUCUAAGGUCUAUUGAAACUUGACAAAAGAUAUCUUGUAAAAGUUGUUUUCCAUUUAAAUCAAAAUCCAUUUUAAUCUGGGCAAUGUUGGGACUAUAAACAAUUGUUUUUGUUUGUUUAGCUGUGUAGUAAAUAUGUAUAUUUUAUUUUAUGUUCACUAAAUUACAAUCACUGAAAUUCAACCCUGAUAUGUGUAUUUACUUUUAGGCUAACUCUUUGUCGCUAUGGCUACCGAAUAAACUCAUUUACACAAUUCUUUCACCUAA